CCAUGAAUAUAUAGCAACAACGCAAACAAAACGAAGACCAGAAAUAUUUUAUCUGUAGUACUACUACUACUGGUACUACUGCACAGAGAAGCAGGACGAUUAGAAUUCCUCUAUUAAAAUGGCAUUGUGGAUUCGAGUGCUUCUACUUCUCUUGGCUUGCCUUCUUCCAGCUUUGGUUGAGAGCAGGGUUCGACACUACAAGUUUAAUGUGGUGCUGAAAAACACUACCAGACUAUGCUCCACCAAGCCAAUUGUAACCAUCAACGGUCGUUUCCCAGGGCCAACUCUCUAUGCCAGGGAAGACGACACCGUUCUUGUCAAAGUCACCAACCAUGUCAAGUACAAUGUUUCCAUUCACUGGCAUGGUAUCCGGCAACUCCGGACCGGUUGGGCAGAUGGACCAGCAUACAUCACACAAUGCCCUAUUCCUCAAGGCCAAAGCUAUGUAUACAACUUCACCAUCACAGGCCAAAGAGGCACACUUCUUUGGCAUGCGCAUAUUCUCUGGCUUAGGGCCACAGUCCAUGGUGCUCUUGUCAUUUUGCCCAAGCGUGGUGUGCCCUAUCCUUUCCCGACACCCCACAAGGAAGUUCCUGUUGUAUUGGGUGAAUGGUGGAAAUCAGAUACUGAAGCAGUGGUUAAUGAAGCUCUCAAAGGCGGUGUAGCACCUAACGUGUCAGAUGCUCACACUAUUAACGGUCAUCCAGGCUUUGUCGCUCCAAAUUGUAGCACACAGGGCGGCUUCAAGUUGUCUGUGGAAAGUGGCAAGACCUACUUGCUCCGCAUCAUCAAUGCUGCGCUCAAUGAAGAGCUCUUCUUCAAAAUUGCCGGACACAAGUUGACGGUAGUGGAAGUCGAUGCCACCUAUGUAAAACCCUUCAAAAUUGACACCAUAGUGAUUGCCCCUGGACAAACCACCAAUGCCCUCAUCACCGCAAACCAAAACUCUGGCAAGUACUUGGUUGCCGCCUCCCCAUUCAUGGACACUCCCGUUGUUGCCGUAGACAACCUGACAGCCACGGCCACUCUGCACUAUUCAGGCACACUUUCUAAUUCGCCCACAACUCUCACUAGCCCACCUCCUCGAAACGCUACCCAAGUCGCCAACAGUUUUAUCGACUCUCUCAGAAGCCUUAAUACAAAGACCUUUCCUGCAAAAGUCCCCUUAAAAAUUGACCACAGCCUUUUGUUCACAGUUAGUCUAGGGGUUAACCCAUGUCCUAGUUGCAAAGCCGGUAAUGGAAGCCGUGUGGUGGCCAGUGUUAACAACGUCACAUUUGUUAUGCCAACCACAGCUCUGCUUCAAGCACAUUUUUUCAACACUAGUGGGGUUUUCACCUCUGAUUUUCCUGCUAACCCACCAAAUGCUUUCAAUUUUUCUGGAGGUCUGCCAGCAAAUUCAAGUUUGGCGACUACAAAUGGGACAAAGGUUUAUAGGUUGGCUUAUAACUCGACUGUUCAACUUGUUUUGCAAGACACUGGGAUUAUAGCCCCUGAGAACCACCCAGUACAUUUGCAUGGCUUCAAUUUCUUUGUGGUUGGCAAGGGACUUGGAAAUUACAACCCCAAGACGGAUCCUAAGAACUUUAAUCUUGUUGAUCCUGUUGAAAGGAACACAAUUGGUGUUCCAUCUGGUGGUUGGGUAGCCAUCCGAUUUCUCGCAGAUAAUCCAGGUGUUUGGUUCAUGCAUUGCCAUUUAGAAGUGCACACAACAUGGGGGCUUAAGAUGGCAUUUUUGGUGGACAAUGGUAAAGGACCAAAUCAAUCACUUCUACCUCCUCCAAAGGAUCUUCCAACUUGUUAAGUCUCUAGCCAAAAGAACAUUAGUGUUGCAAUUAAGUAGAGUGAACUAACCAAAAAGAAAGUGUGCGGACUCAAACCCUCAAAGGCACAUAUGAUCGAGAAGAACAAAAGAGAGGAUGAAUAAACAAAUGCUAUAUAUUUCAUGAAUUCAAAUUGUUGCUUGAGUAAAUGAAAAAAUUUUGCUCAAGAAACUUUGAAUAAAGUUUUGGUUGUUGGGAAUUUUCAAAAAGUUAUAAUUUUUUUCAAUAAUUAUAUGUAUUGGUCUUGGCUGUGCAAGCCUUUUUCAUAAUAUUGUAAAGUUGUGAUCGAUGGAUCUUUAAUUUCUUUGCCUAAGCUGACUUGCGAUCCUUGUUACUAAACUUGGAUGCUCGAUCAUGAGCUAGUGAAAGUCUUGGGAGGUUCUAUACUUAUGUGUCAGUUUGUAUUCGGGGUUUAAUUUACCAGUACCCCUAAAACUUGAAAUACAUUCUGCCUUCUUGUGUAAUUUGAAAUGAUCCAAAUAAAACUUUGGGGUUACCUCUGUGAUGAA